AUGGCCUUUCAGGAUCUCUUGAAUCAAGUCGGAAGCAUGGGGAGAUAUCAGAUCCUUCAGAUGGCUUUCCUUCUGAUUUGCAAUGUCAUGGUGAUUCCUCAUACUGUUUUGGAGAACUUUACUGCAGCCAUCCCUGGUCAUCGCUGCUGGGUCCACAUCCUUGACAAUGACACUGUCUCUGACAGUGAGAGUGAAAGCCUGAGCCAAGAUGACCUCCUGAGGAUCUCCAUCCCACUGGACACCAACAUGAAGCCAGACAAGUGCCGUCGCUUUGUCCAACCACAGUGGCAUCUCCUUCAUCUGAAUGGCACCUUCUCCAAUGUGACAGAGCCAGACACAGAGCCCUGUGUGGAUGGCUGGGUAUAUGACCAAAGCACAUUCCUCUCCACCACAGUGACUGAGGUCUGGCUAGUACUUCAAGUACUAUAUUGA